AUGGAUAGGGAUUGCCCUCAAAAUAAGAAUCAUAUGCAAGGGAGAAGCACCGGUCGAGUUUAUACUUUGGAUGCAAGGAAGGCUAAGAGCAACAAUGCGUUGAUUGUAGGUAUGUAUAUCGUCAAUGAUCAUCCUUGUUUUGUAUUGUUUGAUUGUGGGGCAACACACUCUUUUGUAUCAAUUCAGUGUAUGAAGCGCUUUGGCUUGCAAGCAAUUCCUUUGUCUCCUCUUAUGGUGGUUACUACCGCCAUGGAUGAUGUGGUUGAGACACCGUUAAUUUGUGAAAAUUGUCCGCUCUCGGUGAAUGGUAGAAUUUUCCAAAUUGAUCUUAUUUGCUUACCACUUAAGAAGGUUGAUAUGGUUUUAGGGAUGGAUUGGCUUUCCGCCAAUUCAGUGUUUAUUGGAUGUGAAAAGAAGUUGAUUGUCAUUCCAUCUAGUGAAGUUACUCUAAAGGAUGUAUUAACUACUAUCUUGGAAGGUACGGUUGGCAUGGUUAAUUUCUUAUUUGAGAAGGAAAAGUCAGUUCUCUUGAUUCUCACCAAGGAACCUAGCGACAAUCUUAGUGAUACACAAAUUCCUAUCGUUUGUGAGUUUCCCGAAGUUUUCCCUGAGGAUGUCACUUCUCUUCCUCCUGAAAGGGAAAUGGAAUUCUCUAUUAAUCUGAUACAUGGGACAACUCCAAUCUCCGUUUCUCUGUAUUGUAUGACGCCACUCGAGUUGAGAGAGUUGAAGGAUCAAUUGGAAGAGUUGUUAACCAAGCAUUUCAUCUGA